AUGGUUAUACCAUAUCAACUUCAAAUAAGUGGCCAGGUGGAGAUAACUAAUCAGGGGAUUAAGGGAAUCUUGGAGAAGACAAUGUCUCGUUCGAGAAAAGAUUGGUCUAUGAAGCUAGAUGCCGUUCUUUGGGCAUAUCGGACGGCUUAUAAGACUCCUAUUGGUAUGAUGCCAUUCAGGUUGGUCUAUGAGAAAUCAUAUCAUUUACCAGUUGAAGUGGAACAUAAGGCUCAUUGGGCUAUCAAGAACAUUCAUUUGGAUUUGAAAGAAGCAGGAAAACAGAGAAAGCUCCAACUUAAUGAACUCGAUGAAUUGAGGUUAGAUGCAUAUGAGAAUGCCAAGAUUUACAAAGAAGGAACAAAGAAGUGGCACGAUCAACACAUCCUCCGUAAAGAGUUUACAGGAGGAGACUUGAUACUUCUAUUUAAUUCUCGACUCAAGCCUUUUCUGGGCAAACUUCGUUCGAGAUGGUUAGGGCCAUCCCAAGUGUGUAAGGUAUACCCAUUUGGGGUUGUUGAAGUAUGGAGUGAGGCCACGAGAAUCUUCAAGGUCAAUGGAUAG